UUUAUCAUUUUUGACUGUGUACAUGAGAAAUGUAACUUUCAUCUCUGCUCUGUCUCUACCUAUAUGUCUGUGCCGCAUAUACCUAUUCUUGUUAUGCCGUUAGCGUCGUUUGUCAAGUUGUUUUUGAUUUCUCCAGCUCUUGUGCUUGCUUUGCACUGCCCAAUCGAAAGCCCGGUCUGGUAGGACACGAUUGAUAUUGACUGAAGUCUGAGAGUUCUUACAUCAUCUUUGGCAUGACAGAUCACUGUCCAAUCUCUCAUCUGUGAUGGAGGAAACUCAAAUGUACCAGUAUAGUGAGCUUUGGGGUUCCGAUGCCAUUCGAAUCAUCAAGCUGUACCCUUCAGAGAGCCUAGACGCUGAAGUCCAGUGCGAGCUCCUAUGUACUAGUCUGACUGAAUGUGAAGAAGAUAUUCAUAGCCUGUACACAGCAAUCUCAUACGUUUGGGGCGACGUCAACAAUACCCGAGCAAUUGUAAUCGAUGGAAAGAAACUCGAGAUUACAGCAACCUUACACUCUGCUCUUUGCCAUAUUCGUCUAAAGGCGGAGCCCGCACGACUGUGGGCCGACGCAAUAUGCAUCAACCAGUCUGAUGUGGAGGAACGAAGCAGGCAAGUUCGUCAGAUGGGGGCCAUUUACGCCUGUGCAUCGCAUACGAUAAUAUACUUUGAUUCCCCAACUCCAGAAGCUGCGCUCUUCCUCGAAGCUCUUCGACAGUAUAACGCGAACAUACGAAAGGGAUUUCCUCCCAGUGCUCUCGCAUUACGAACUUGUAAAGAUCUUUGGAUUCUGUCUAGAGAGUCUUUCCUCAUGCAAGAUUGGCUUUCGAGGAUCUGGGUGCUUCAAGAACUGUUGUUCUCGAGAGAUCCCUGGGUUCAAUGCGGCACUACCCGUUGCAGAUGGGACGAUUUUUGUCAGCAUGUUCGAUCUUUCCAAGAACCUGAGACAACCCAGCUCUCAGCAAUCGAGACUUCAACGUCCACUACAACUCCCAAAAACACCUCCGAAUCAAAUCUGUUGGACUUCAUCCCUUCUUAUUCCAUAUAUGACAUCGGCGCAACAUCGAACGGACUUGAGCUCCUAUUGGCUAUGGCGAGGUUUCGCAACGACUUCUACGACCCUGGGUCGAACAUGUAUGGGGAUCUUUUUCUGUUGACCCUGCUACAAGCCCGGAGAGCCCUUGGCGUGACCGAUCCGCGAGAUAUGCUAUACGCUCACUCUACGAUUGCCCGAUCAGCAGAAUUGGUCGACGGGUAUGGAGAGCUGAUUCGGGUGGAUUACAGCAGAAGUUGUCAAAAGCUUUACAUGGACACUGCGCACUACUUCUUCGAGAAGAGGAGUGGCUCUGCUAUACUGUCAUUUGUGGAGGACAUUGAACUUCAGAAACGGCGUGCUGGAUUGGUAUCUUGGGCUCCUGACUGGACAGUUGCCCAACCGCCGAAACCAUGGACCUCGAUACACGAGUGGUCGGCAAAUCAUGCAAGGUUUCAACACCCUCGGGAGCAAUACUCUGAAAUUAGACCGCUGGGAUUAGAUUGGUCAAGCCAGUCUGUUUUGACUCAUGCUUGGUAUGAAGGCGUCCUUGCGAAUCUAGGAGUUCACGUUGGUUCAGUUAGUGCAAUGAGUCAUGAGAUCAAAGGACGCCUUAGCAACUUUGAUAUUAGAAGGUUUUUCUCUGAUGAAUAUCCGGAUCCUCGGAACCAUACCUCAGCAAUCGACUUCAAGGUUUAUAACAAGUUCUGCGCAGCUUUGGAUGAAGCCGUCGGUCCCGGGCUAUUCUCUAGUCCACCAGACAAUCCCCCUUUAAGUAACCCAUUUUUCCUACCUGCUGGACUCUCGGCCGAUAAGCAGCACUCCGAAUGUAGAGCACGGAUCGUAGGCGCAUUGUACACUGUUGGUAUACUCAAACGAAAUCACACGAGAAUUCUUGCGCCCGACGGCCCGAACCUAAGGGCCGAUACUCAGUUCAUCUUGCCAAAUCUCGUCAAAGAUACCUUAAAGCCAGACAAGUAUUCAAUAUUCCAGAACCGCCGGUUGACGCAGCUUCCGGAUGGUAGGCUUGCUCUGGUUCCGGCUUGUACCAAAGAAGGCGACUUUAUUGUCUGCCUUGCUGGUUCUAAAAUACCUUAUGUCCUUCGUUCUUUUGAGGAGGGUGGGGCAAUACCAAAUAAACUAGUAUAUGAUGCUUUUACCAGGCCAAAAGAUUUCAAGAAGCACGCUCUGAACGGGUGUAGAACAUGUCAGAAAGGAUCGGAACUUUGCGAUAGAAAACCUCCUCUUUGUGGAUACUGUGAAACACUUAGAACAAAAAAGUGCAACUAUGAUAAUAUCGAAUCCAUCAAAGACUUAGCUAUCGAGCAUUGCAAGCUCAUUGGAGAAUGUUUCGUGGAAACAUUGAUGAUGGGAUGGACUGCCCCCGAGAUUGAAAGGAAGCGGAAGGUGAUUUUUGCUAUCCACUAGGAAGUCGAUCAAUUCUUCCCGGCUUUGAUGUAGUAAUAUAUUUUAAUAGAUCAUUACGUUCUGUUUGGAGAUUGUGGUAAUUAAGAUUAGAC